AUGGCGGGAAACAACCGUAUGUCGAUAUACUCGAAUGCGUCUUCAUUAGCAGCCAAUCGAAAUCUCAACUCUGCUGCCCAGCAGUCGACACAGGUCUCCACGACUACUCUCCUGAAUGCUACUCAUACAACAUACACAUCCGCACAACCCUACAAGUUAGAUGCCAGUACCAGUCUGGUAGUCAAUACAUGGUUGACUGCUUCACAAACUGAUCAUGAAGGACGAACCGGCGGUACAAUCGAUUCUGAAUUAUCAGUACGAGCGUGGGAACAUGCCAGACGCCGGGCCGAGGACGCUUGCAUUGUUUUGGGUUCUCUCCACCCAUCAACGCCCUCUGUUCUAGCUCCCUUUUUGGGAACACUUCCUCUAUCCAUUCCUCCAUCCCUAUACACAGCACUUAAUGCUCUCCGGCCAUUCAUCCAUACCGUCUCCCCCCAAAACCACUCUACACCUCGACAAUCUGCACUGGGAGUAACCUUGACCCUGACACUUGCUGGAAACCUCACAGCAGCAUCCUUGGCCUUGUCAGAAGGAGGAAUUGAUACGUCGAAAGGUCUUUUGAACAUUCCCGAGGAACCGGGAUUUCGAGCUUUCGAUGUCUUUUACUACCUCCUGACCUCGGCAUCAACUCCAGCGGAACGGGAAUUUUUGGGACUGAAACAUGCUUCCAAUUAUGCUCUACUCGCCAAGUCCGGUACCUACGACCCUCCUUCAUAUUUACCAACAGCAGACGAUGCUGCAGCCGCAGAUGACUUCAGAGCCUCGCUGAAAGACAUUGGCAUCAAGGGCGCUGCCCAUCGAAACCUCAUAUCCAUAUUGGCUGGGUUACUGAAACUUGGUGAUACCUUGUCUUUUCACUUAGAUGAGGAGGCUCUGGAAGAUGUUUGCGAAGAUGUGGGGGGAUUGUUGGGUCUGGAGCCAGAAGUUCUCAUCCAACAAUGCUCAACCUCGGACAGAGAGACUUUGAUAGGUGGAUUGUACGAAGCUUUAGUCGACUGGGUUAUUCUCAAGGCGAACGAAGCCAUCGCCAGCGAGAUGCAGAGGAUUCGAGACGGUGAGGAAUCCAGCGAUGGCGGACCUGGUGCCAGGACCCCAAAUACCGAAGAAGAUAACGGGGACACUGUAUGCAUUACAGUGCUAGAAAUUCCUGAUGCUACUCUCGGCAAGGCUGCAGCCAUGCGUGGCGUUUUUGACGAUACGCAGGGCAUCAAUUCUGAGAUGAAAGAAGAUGGCGUGGAAGUCGUUGCUGCCGGAUCUUCAGUCUUGCGUGAGAUGCAAAAUGCUGUCUCUGAAGUCGGCCCUGAUCUUGGAAUCAUGACUGGACCUGCCGGACGAGACCGAGAGCACGAGCGUGAAAGACGUGAAGUUGUCCUUGAAAAGGUCGGCCGAGAGGGAGAAGACGACGGCUUCUUAAAGAAGAUUCUCUUUCCCGUUGAAGGCCAAGGAGUCAACCUGGGCAGAGAAGGACGUCUGGAUCUCCCUGCUGUUCUAGGAAGCAGCCGUGUGUGGUAUCAUCUCUCACUUCACCCAACUGAUGAAUCUCCCUCCGGCUUAGCAGCACUUCCCUCGACAACUUCUGCUUGGUCUGCAGGCACUGUGUCGCGGCAACUACGAUCAUGGCGACUUCCUGAGUGGGCGAAUCGUCGGAACAAGAACUUAGAUUUCACGGCAGACUUUGACCUGGACGAAUUCUGUCAAAGAUAUGCUCCCCUGGGCUGCAAAGAUGGCCGAGAUGGUAUCGAAAGCUGGAUCCUGGAGCGCGGCUGGAGUAAUGGAGAAGUCGUUGUUGGAACUGAGCGUAUUUGGAUGCGUGAAAGUGCGUGGUGGGAAGCCGAGGGAAUGCUCGACUUGAAGCCCACAAAUGAAAUGGAUUUCUCCGGUCUAGGCCUGAGCAGCGGAAUGGAUACUGGGUACUCGGCUGGUCAGAAUCAAAGCGGCUUCUUUCCUCCUCCCAUGGACGAUUUAACCCCACACGGAAGUCGAGACCAGAUUCUCCCAAACCGGCAAAGUUCAGCCACCAUGUCUCGCAAUGCACUGGUCGGUCCUGCCCGCUCACUAGCCCCCUCAAGGAACCUGGUUUCGGGCGAUUAUGGCCUUGGUUAUAAAGGAGAUAACAGGAAGGACCACGUGUAUUACAAUAAUGAAACUGGUGAGCUAGUGGAUGGCUUGGAUCCUGAAAAUGCAGAGCCUAAGACCAUUGAAACUGCCACUACAUCCACUAGCCGUCGUAUCUGGGUGACUGUUGUGUGGAUGCUCACAUUCUGGAUACCAUCCUUCGUUCUACGCUUCGUUGGUCGCAUGAAACGACCAGAUGUCCGUAUGGCGUGGAGAGAGAAACUCGUCCUGGUCUGGGCAAUCAUCUUGAUCAAUGCUAUUGUCAUAUUCUGGAUUGUAGAGUUCGGGAAACUGCUCUGUCCAAAUGCCGACAAAGCAUGGAAUGAAAAAGAUCUAUCAGAACAUCAAACCUCAAACGAUUACUGGGUAGGCAUCCACGGGAAGGUCUAUGAUAUGUCGAAAUUUUGGAAGACGGAUCACAGCGAUGUCGUCGGUCUAUCGACCACGACCUCCACUAUGCAACCUUUCGGUGGUUUGAUUCUGGAUGACUACUUUAUGCCUCCACUUUACCUUGCCUGCGAGGGCCUUGUUUCGGAUUACAAGAUCGCACUGACACCAAAUACCACACAAACAUACCCUGAUGGUGUGCAUACAUCAGGCAACACAAGUGCCUAUUCAACUAGCAAGUUGGCUGACAACAAUUGGUAUGGAAGCACCUUUCUCCCUAAGAUAAAGGGAUACUACCAUGGCGAUCUUGUGACGAAGAGAAGCAAGCUUAAGAGUGAGGGUCAGAAUGAGAAUCAUUAUUGGUUUAUUCUCAAUGGGAAGAUUUACGAUCUGACCAAUUACUUCCAUACCUUGGAUCUCAUGGACGACCUCGCUAGCUAUUCAUUUGUUGACUCUACAGUCGUGGAGAUGAUUCAAAGCAAUGCUGGUGAGGAUAUUACAAGUGCCUGGAAUAAAAACUUCCUGGCAGCCAAUGUUUCCCAGCAGGCACUACUCUCAAACCAUAUCAACUGUUUCGACAACGUCUUCCUCGCUGGUAUUCCCGACUUCCGAGAUUCCAUCAAAUGCACAAUCAACGGUUGGAUCCUGCUUGCUUUCACAAUCAUACUGUGUGCGGUCAUUUUGGUCAAAUUCUUCGCUGCUCUUCAAUUUGGGUCUAAACGUCGCCCCAGUCCUCAGGAUAAAUUCGUCAUUUGCCAGGUCCCCGCCUAUACCGAGGGCGAAGAUUCGCUACGUAAAGCACUCGACUCGUUAACAGCCCUUGAAUAUGACAACAAGAGGAAACUAAUUUGUGUCAUUUGUGAUGGUAUGAUUGUAGGAGGUGGUAACGACAGACCAACUCCAAAGAUUGUCCUCGAUAUUCUUGGAGUAGACCCGAAGAUUGACCCUCCAGCCUUGCCCUUUAGAUCUGUUGGAGAGAGCAGUGAACAGCUCAACUACGGAAAGGUCUACUCUGGUCUCUACGAAUAUGAAGGAAAUGUCGUUCCAUAUCUCGUCGUAGUUAAAGUCGGCAAGGAAUCCGAACAAUCAAAAUCAAAGCCUGGUAAUCGUGGAAAGCGAGACUCUCAAAUUCUCCUCAUGAGCUUCCUGAACCGUGUACAUCAUCGAUCACCAAUGUCGCCACUCGAGCUGGAAAUGUUUCACCAAAUCAACAACAUCAUUGGUGUUGACCCCGAGCUAUAUGAGUAUCUACUCAUGAUUGAUGCCGACACUAGUGUCAAAGAAGACUCGCUGAAUCGUCUCGUAGCAGCUUGUGCAAACAAUGCUAAGAUUGCUGGUAUUUGUGGUGAGACCAGUCUUGAGAACGAGGAAAGGUCUUGGUGGACUAUGAUGCAAGUCUAUGAAUAUUUCAUCUCUCAUCAUUUGGCCAAGGCUUUUGAGUCCUUGUUCGGCAGUGUCACCUGUUUGCCUGGAUGUUUCUCCAUGUAUCGGUUGCGAACGGCUGACAAGGGCAAACCUCUUAUCAUCUCGGACAUUCUUGUGAAAGAGUAUAGCGAUUGCGUUGUCGAUACCCUACAUAAGAAGAACCUUUUGUCCCUUGGAGAAGAUCGAUACCUUACUACCCUGAUGACCAAGCACUUCCCAACCAUGUCAUACAAAUUCAUUCCGGAUGCGUAUGCAAGUACUGCCGCGCCCGAAACAUGGAGCGUUCUUCUUUCCCAGAGACGAAGAUGGAUUAAUUCCACUAUUCACAACUUGGCAGAAUUAGUCUGGCUUAAGGAUCUUUGUGGAUUCUGUUGCUUCAGCAUGCGAUUCGUCGUCUUCAUCGAUCUCUUCGGAACUAUUAUCCUCCCAGCAACCUGUAUAUAUCUCGGCUACCUCAUCUACCUGGUCGCGUCUCACAAGGGCCAAUUCCCAUUGAUAUCUAUUAUCAUGUUAGCAGGAACAUAUGGUCUCCAAGCCCUAAUAUUCGUCCUGAAACGCCAAUGGCAACACAUCGGAUGGAUGAUCAUCUACCUGAUAGCGUUUCCCAUCUACUCAUUUGUACUACCUGUUUAUUCCUUCUGGAAUCAAGACAAUUUCUCCUGGGGUAAUACACGUAUAGUCGUUGGUGAAAAGGACGGGAAGAAAGUCGUAGCUGUGGAGGACGAAGGAUUCGACCCACGGAGCAUCCCUCUGCAGCGCUGGGACGAUUACGCAUUGACUAACAACCUACCUGGACGCCGUGGCGUUGCUUUCGAGAAGAACUAUGACGCAUACGAAGACACCUAUGAAAUGGACGACAUGAAAUCCAUGUACUCAUCAGUCAAGCCUGCGUCUACCAUCCUUACCGGCUUUCCCGGCCGCGGAACACAAUACAUGCCACCGCAGUCUCCUGCCUUUGGAGGACCCCGCCAAUCUGUAUACACGACGCCAUACGCGGACCACCCACGCCAGCAAUCGGUGAUGUCCCUCGGUGGCGGCGGCCUCAACGAUCGCUCCGCAUCUCCAUACCAAGAUUAUCCGCAUCAAUCGCGCCCCAGCAUGGUAAUGAUGCCUUCAUCAUCCGAGCUCCUCCGCGGCUCCCCAUCCCCCAACUUGCACACCUCACAAUCUCAAUCCCGACUCGGUUUCUCGGGUGGAGCACGUACACCUAUGCCGUACGAGCGCCCUGUAUCUCAGUUUGAUUUCCAGCGGGGCAAUGCAGGACCAGAUGAUAUGAUGAUUGUGGAAGCUAUUCAAGCUUGUCUGAGGGAAGUAGAUCUCGAUACGGUUACGAAGAAACAGGUUCGUGCGUUGGUAGAGCAGAGGUUACAAACUGAGCUUGUGGGGGAGAGGAGGACAUUUUUGGAUCGGAUGAUUGAUACCGAGUUGGCUAAUAUGUGA